AUGGGACUUUUUAGUGAUAUGAAUUCCAUAGGAUUGUGUGCUGACACUAUUACAUACAGUACCCUUAUAAGUGGAUUGUGCAAGGUAGGCAGUGUUCAAGCGGUAAAAAAACUUCUUAAGGAGAUGUGUGCACGCGGUCAUACUCCAAACUUGAUAACUUACUCGACUCUAUUGGAUGGUUUAUGCAAGCGUGGGUCUCUUGAUGAGGCAUUGACUUUGUUUAAAGCAAUGCAAGAAAGUGGGUUGGAACUAGAAAUUGUAACUUAUAACACCAUGAUUGAUGGUUUAAGUAAGGGAGAGAAGCUUAUUAUUGCAAGGGAGCUGUUUUCCUGCUUGUCUAUCAAGGGCCUAAAUCCUGAUAUAAAGACGUAUAAUAUCUUGAUCAAUGGCCUCUGUAAAGAAGGGGACUUAAGCGAAGCAUAUGAUCUCAUCAGGGAAAUGGAAGGUACUGAUUGUCCUCCAAAUGGCGGCACUUACAACACAAUCAUUCGAGGAUUAUUCCGAAACAACAACACUUCUUUGGCAGUGCAGCUUCUUCAUGAAAUGGUUGAUAAGGGGUUCUCAGGAGAUGUGUCUACUGCGGAGAUGGUUGUCAGAUUGAUUUCCUUUAAGGAACUUAUAUGUGACAGUUGGGAUAUUCUAUGUUCAAUCAAACUACUGGAAUCCUUGAAGACAUUUCCGUACAUUGUGAAAAGUUCGAGUAAUGUUUCUCUUCUUAUUGGUUCACGCCAAACUUUUGAGAGCAUGCGGGCUAGGAGAAUAGAGCCUAACUCUCGUGUUUACACAAAGUUGGAGUUUCUCGUUGUCGAAGAUGUGAUAGAGAACUUUGAUCUGAACAAAAAAGAUCCUGGAAGGGGUUGCCAUCAUCCCUUUCAAGCGGAUCUGAAACAAGAUUGCUGGAUUCUCAACCCACCUGAUGAAGCGGAUUCAGAAGGGUCCAGUCAGGGAUAUCUCACUGAAAUUGCAGGAAGAAGAGUGUUGAUAAGGAGACCCUUGACAUGCGCUCUUGGGAUGUCUGACGUUCCUGUGCUUGUUGAGGUUGAGCCGCAGGUUCUGGUUGCUCCCCCAGCUUAUGGCCGUGGUGCCGUUUAUUUUGACAUUGUUCAUGGAUGCAUAUCUUUUAGUGUUGUCCUAAUCCUGGUUGAAGAAUGCUACUUAAGAGACUUGAAGAGAGUGUUUUCAACGGCUAGAAAGUUGAGCGGUGGCUUAUUUGCAAAUUGA